ACACGAGAUUCCUUUUGCUUGAGAAAACCCAGAGAACUGAAUACUUUAUAUCGAUCUAGCUACAACAACUUCUCUCAACCCCUUUCAUUCUUUUCUCAUCAUCUGCUGCGCUUGAUUUUGAAUCAUGGCUUCAAAACUUGAAGGUGGAGCUUAUCUCUCUUCUUUUGUUGAUGCUAUUUCAAAGAAGCUAUCUUCAAUACUUGAAGAUGACUUUGUCCUCGAAGGAAAUGACUCUGCCCUGGAGUUGCUUGAAAGGUUGGAUGAAAUUCUGUGUGAUGUUGAACCUGUGCUUGAUGAUGCUGAGCUGAAGCAGUUCGGUAACGAUAGAGUGAAGAAGUGGCUUGUAGAUCUCCAAGAUGCUCUCUAUGUGGCUGAUGACUUUCUGGAUGAACUCUCCACUAAAGCUGCCACUGCUACUCCAAGGGAUCCAGGUAACUCUUAUUACUGGUCUCGCUCUGUUGAUUCAAUUAUUGAAGAUAGUGGUGUCAAUGUCAUUGAAAAAAUAGUUGGCAAACUGGAGUCUGUUGUACAACGAAAAGGUAAACUUGGACUGGAAAGGGGUGCCAAGUUGGACACAUCAUGGAGAAUUCCAUCCACAUCUCUUGUUGUAAGUUCUGACAUAUUUGGUCGGGACGAAGACAAGGAGAACAUAAUCAAAUUGCUAUUAGAUGAUACCUGCAAUGCUGAAUCACUUGUGACUGUGAUCCCCAUUGUGGGUAUGGGCGGAAUAGGAAAAACUACUUUGGCUCAACUGGUUUACAAUGAUCCCAAAGUUGUGGAAAAAUUUGGCACUAGAGCAUGGGUGUGUGUUGCUGAAAAUCCUGACCCUGUCAAUGUUACAAGGACAAUAAUAGGGGCAAUAGAUUCAUCUCCUUGUAACAUGGAUAAUUUUGAUUUGCUUCAGACUAAUUUGAAGGAAAAGUUAACAGGAAGGACUUUUUUACUUGUUUUAGAUGAUGUUUGGGACGAUCGACGAGACAUGUGGGAGGAUUUUCUAAAACCUUUUCAUUAUGCGAAUAAUGGGAGUAAGAUUCUCCUAACAACCCGUAACGAAAAUGUUGCUUCUGUGUUCGCACCUAUCAAUCUACAUUAUGGACUAAGUUUACUGUCAAAUGAAGAUUGUUGGUCGGUGUUUUUGAAGCAUUCAACUAUUUCUACUAAUUCUAAACACUAUGCAACUGUUGAACCCAUUGGUAGAAAAAUUGUUGAAAAGUGCAAGGGGUUACCUUUGGCUGUGAAAACACUUGGAGGCUUAUUGCGCAACAAGGAUAACAAAGAAGAUUGGGAGAAUAUACUUGAAUGUAAAAUCUGGGAACUCUCUGAGGAUGGUUGUAAGAUUAUUCCUGCGUUAAGAGUCAGUUAUCAUUACCUCCCUUCGUCUUUAAAGCGAUGUUUUGUUUAUUGCUCUUUAUAUCCCGAGGAUUAUGAAUUUGACAAAGACGAAUUAGUCUUAUUGUGGAUGGCUGAAGAUCUUUUACAACCAAAGGAAAACAACACAUCAAAAAAGAUUGGUUGUGCAUAUUUUGAUGAAUUAGUUGCAAGGUCAUUUUUUCAACCUUCUAGUACUAAGAGAGGGUUAUUUGUAAUGCAUGAUCUCAUGCAUGAACUAGCAACUUUUUUUGCUAGAAAGUUCUAUUUCAAACUCGAGGUAUCUGAGAAUCUACACAUGGUAGAUAGCAAAAUUCGACAUUUGUCCCUUUUUUCAAAUUAUCGGGAUACCAUCACACUAUUUGGAGAGGCCUGCGAGAGAGCAGUACACUUGAGAACAGCUUUAGAUUUUUCUUCAUAUCGUCCAUCAAUUGAUGUUGAAAGCAAUCCUUUGCUCUUACAACAAUUUAGAGUUUUCUCAUUUCGUGUAAAGUCAGUACCUGAUUCAAUUGGCGAAUUGAUUCAUUUAAGUUAUUUAAAUCUCUCUGGCACAUGUAUUGUUACGUUGCCAGAGUCAAUAUGUAAAUUAUACAAUCUCCAAACUUUGAAGUUGCGGGGUUGUGUUGAGUUAGAGAUGCUUCCCAGCCGCAUGCAAGAUCUAGUGAACCUUUGCCACCUUGAUAUUCGAGGUGCUUCUCGUCUGAAAGAGAUACCCAAGGGAAUGAACAAGUUAAAGCAUCUACACUUCUUAAGUGAUUAUAUCGUCGGCGAGCAAGAGAAUGGGAUGCGAGAAUUGGGAACAUUGGACAAUCUCCAUGGCUCAUUUUGCAUUUCCAAAUUGGAGAACGUCAAGAAUAGUGGUGAAGCUUUGGAGGCAAAGAUGGGUAACAAGAAGCACAUCAACACUCUAGAAUUGAAUUGGCUUCCAGAUGGUGACAUUGAUGAUGUUCAAACUGAAAGAGAUAUACUUGACAAGUUACAACCUCAUCAAAACUUGAAAGAGUUAUCAAUUCAUGGUUAUCGGGGUGAAAGAUUCCCAGAUUGGUUAGGCCUUUCUUGCUACUCCAAUAUGACCAAAUUGAGUCUGGAUAGUUGUAUAAAUUGUUGUGAGCUUCCUUCACUGGGACAGUUACCCUCUUUACAGCAUCUGGAGAUUUCUAAACUUGAUGGGUUGGAGAAAAUUGAUUUAGAGUUUUACAACAAAAACAAUGCAUCAUUUCAGCAGGAGACACCCUUCAAAUGUCUCGAAACUCUGGAAAUUGAGUAUAUGUAUAGUUGGCGGGAGUGGCAUUUUCCUGAUGAGUUUGAUGGUUUUCCUGAGCUUAGAAUCCUUGAAAUAAGAAACUGUCCUGUGUUAAGUGGAGAUCUGCCUUCUCACCUUCCGGCUCUGGAGGAACUUACCAUUGAUGGAUGUAAAGAGCUUGCAUGUUCGCUGCCUAGGGCUCCCAAGCUUCACAAAUUACAUGUAAAGUGCGACAUGUUUUAUGGGAAUUUGGAACUGCACAAAGUAACAAUUUCAGUAAGCCAGCUGGCGAAAUUUGUAUGGGAAUGGCUGCUGCACAUCCAACCACCAUAUGUCCAAUGUCUGUACAUCGAUGAUUGUCAGUCAGCGAUAUCAAUUUCAGCAAAUCAUUUGCCAGCUUCAUUACAACGUCUGGAAAUCAUUGAUUGUUCAAAAUUAACAUUCUCAGAGCAACUGCAACACAAGUCGCUGACGAAGAUACUUGUAGUGGACUGUGAUUCACUGACGUUGUUUCCAUUGGGGGACCUUCCAAAUCUCAAGAAACUCACAAUCACUGAAUGCAAAAACAUGGAAAAUGUUGAGGUGGCACAUGCUCUUCCAACUCUACGUUGUUUAAACAUCUCAGACUGCCCCAGUUUAGUAUCCUUGCCGCCGCUAGGGUCGGCUGCGCCCCGCCUACAGGAGCUGGAUAUACGCAAUUGCCCGGAAAUCGAUUGUUUUGCAGGGGAGUGCCUCCCGCUGAGUUUGAAAAAACUUGUAAUCGUCGAGUGCCAGAAACUAGCGAGUUGGAUAUCAUCAAAUGUUUUGCAUAGUGAAGGCCUUACCCAUCUUUGGCUUGGUUCAUAUUUUGAUGUAAAGUCGUUCCCGAGAGAGGGUUGUCUUCCUGCUUCUCUUGAGUCUUUAAGAUUGUGGGACUUUCCAAAUCUGGAGACGCUUGACUGCAAGGGGCUUCACCAUCUUACCUCCCUCACAUAUAUAGCAAUUAGAUACUGUGAAAAGCUUGAGAAUAUCACAGAAGAACAUUUGCUUGCCUCCAUAAAAAAAAUCUACAUAGGGGAAGAAUGUCCUUUGAGGAGCAAGCUGGAAGAGAUGGAACACCUACGGAUUCAAUUGGGUUGUGACGAAUCAGAAUUAUGUGAUGAGUAUGCUUCGAAUGAUGAGGAUGCUACUUCUGAUUCUGAUUGAUUAAUGAUUACAAAUCUUAAUUUAUCUUUCUAAUUAUUUUUCUGAUAUUUAAAGUUAGAAAGAUAAUUAAGAAAGUGAAUUAGAAUUCUAAUCAUUUAUAAAUCAUUUAAUGUGCAAUGGGAGCAGUCACGGCAUACAGCAUACUGUUGGAUCAGGUCUUCCAGAUUUGCACUCAUGGAAUUCUCUGUGUUACUCAUCUGACUUUUAUCAUUGGGUGAGGUGUGUGGUUAUGCAAAAACUGAAUGGAGGAUUGAAGAGUCAACAUUAAUACAAGGCUGAGGCAAGGUGAGAAUGGGGUUGCAAUGAAAAUUUGGCAAAUCCAACUGCUUUACUGCUGAGUGGUGUUCAAAGUUGCGCCAUUUGAAUCUCCAUGACAAAGCUGACCUAAUUCAAAAUGCCAUCCUCAACACAAUUGCAGAAGGGAAGUACCAAACUGCUGAUCUUGGAGGCAAAGCAAAGACAACCGAGUUCAUCAAUGCAAUCAUUGACCAUCUCUAAAUUCUGCUCAGAGUAGGCAAGGAAUUGCUGCUCAGAGUAGGAAUACCUCAGCAUAAUGGAAAAACUCAUCUAAGGUUGUGACCUUAUAACCACCAGGCAUGAGCAAGCCUUAAAAUAUUCACUGCGCAUGCAGUGUUAUGGCCUUGUAAAAUGCACUUUGUCUGAUAACCCUCCUUAGUCCAUUUUGGUAUUCCUUGUCAAUAAUAUAGUUAAAUAAAUGAAGUACCAUUAGUUUGUUUUUA